AUGGACGACUCGCGCAUACCGAGUAUGGGACAGAUCGUGAUCAUUCGUGCCAUGAAAUUCGCGGAGGAAUCUCGCGAAAGCUGUUGGAAGCGCAGCGUUGUAGCGUGUGUAGCUGGUGCAGCCAUGGGCAUCGGUCUUGGCACAUUUCUCGGCACGUUCGAAGGCGCCCACGGAGAGUUAGUGGGUCGCAACAUGCGAGAGCAGCUCUACAAUGGCUUUAGUAAGUCUAUUAAGGCUGGUUACGUGCGCAGCGUCUACUUUUCCAAGGAGUUCGCGUUGGUUGGGAGUAUCUUUGCCGGUGUCGAGUGCGUGAUCGAGCGUGAACGAGCGGCCCACGACAUCUUGAACCCCAUCUUGGCUGGUGGCGUGUCUGGCGGUGCGCUGGGCGCGUGGGCAGCGCGAAAUUCCGGUGCAAAAUUGCUGGUGCAGAAUACUGCUAAAGGUGCCGCGGGCUUUGCCAUCAUGGCCGUUGUGUUUGAAACGGGCAUGGAGUUCAUUACGAACUAG